CAACACAGAAAAGUAAUUAAAUAAUGUCGUCUUCAAACUUGUCACUCUUCUCUCUAGCACUACUAAUCACUGCUCUCUUCCUCAAACCAAAUAUUACUUAUGGUUCUUUGGAGGAAGCCAAUGCUCUUCUCAAAUGGAAAGCAAGCCUUGAAAUCCCAAACAACUCCUUGCUCUCUUCAUGGCUUCCCCUCCCUAUGAAUUCCAAUGCAUCUCUUCCAUGCAAUUCUUGGUUUGGAGUAGUUUGCAAUGCUGAUUGGAGGAUUCACAGGCUGAACCUUAGUUCAUCUGGCAUAAAAGGUACACUCCAUCAAUUUUCAUUCUCUUUGCUACACGAUCUUACGCAUUUUGAUCUCGGUUUGAACAACUUCUUUGGCCCCAUCCCACCAGAAAUCGGACUCCUGUCCAAACUUGUCCAUCUUGAUUUUUCAGAGAACAAAUUUUCUGGAGUAAUCCCACAUGAAAUAGGAAACCUGCACCAACUAACCAUCUUGUACCUAUACUCAAACAAUAUAUCUGGCUCGAUUCCUUCAUCGUUGGGUAAUGUGAAGUCUCUCAGUGAACUUUCCAUGAGUUACAAUAAACUUAGUGGUUCUAUUCCUUUAUCUCUAGCAAACCUGAGUAACCUACAGCUUCUAUACUUAGGUGUCAAUAAUUUUUCUGGUCCCAUUCCUACAGAACUUGGGAAUUUGAAGUCUCUCACUGAUCUUGAGGUGAGCGACAAUCAAUUUAAUGGUUCCAUUCCUUCAUCAUUGGGUGAUUUGACAUCUUUGAAUGUCCUUUAUUUGUACCACAAUCAACUCUCUGGUCCCAUUCCUAUUGAACUUGGGAAUUUGAAGUCUCUCACCGAUCUUGCUAUAAGCCACAAUCAACUUAGUGGUUCUAUUCCUUCAUCAUUGGGUAAUUUGACAUCUUUGAAUCUCCUUUAUUUGCACCACAAUCAACUCUCUGGUCUCAUUCCUAUCGAACUUGGGAAUUUGAAGUCUCUCACUACUCUUGGUCUGAGUGACAACCAACUUAGUGGUUCUAUUCCUUCUUCAAUGGGUGAUUUGACAUCUUUGAAUGUCCUUUAUUUGCACCACAAUCAACUCUCUGGUCCCAUUCCUAUUGAACUUGGGAAUUUGAAGUCUCUCAUUGAUCUUCAGGCGAGCUACAAUCAACUUAGUAGUUCCAUUCCUUCAUCGUUGGGUAAUUUGACAUCUUUGAAAGUCCUUUAUUUGCACUACAAUAAACUCUCUGGUCACAUUCCUAUUGAACUUGGGAAUUUGAAGUCUCUCACAAAUCUUGCUGUGAGUGAGAAUCAACUUAGCGGUUCCAUUCCUUCAUCACUAGGAAACCUCAGCAACGUACAGUGGCUGACUCUCCUAGAUAAUAAAUUAUCUGGUCUCAUUCCCAGUGAACUUGGGAAUUUGAAGUCUCUUACUCAUCUUGGGGUGAGCAACAAUCAACUUAGUGGCUCUAUUCCUUCAUCAUUUGGCGAUUUGACAUCUUUAAAUGGCCUUUAUAUGCAUUACAAUCAGCUUGCUGGUCCCAUUCCUAGUGAACUUGGGAAGUUGAAGUCUCUCAAUGAAUUUAAGGUGAACAACAAUCAAAUUAGUGGUUCCAUUCCUCCGGAUCUUGGAAAUUCAACUCAACUACAAAGACUUGAUCUGUCUUCGAAUCAUUUGGUUGGUGAGAUCCCAAAGGAGUUUGGGAAAAUGAGAAGCAUGUUGGAUUUUUCCUUGGCUGAUAACCAACUUUCAGGAGUAAUACCUCUAGAGCUUGGAUUUUGUGAACUCCUUGAAGUACUCGAUCUAUCCAAAAAUAGAUUGAAUGGGUCGAUUCCAACAAGUAUUGGUCAAUGGUCACACAUCCACUACUUGAAUCUUAGUAAUAACAAGCUCAGUGAAAAAAUUCCACCCGAGAUUGGUAAAUUAGUUCAUCUUACGGAACUUGAUUUAUCUCAAAAUUUGCUCACAGAAGAGAUACCAUCUGAAGUUCGAACUUUGCAAAAUUUGCAGAAAUUAGAUCUUUCCCACAAUAUGCUAUCUGGUUCUAUUCCUAAUGCCUUUACAAAUUUGCCUCGCGGAAUUGAUAUUGACCUGUCUUACAAUGAGCUCAAAGGUUCAGUUCCCCCAAGUCCCAACUUUGUGAAUACGUCUGUACAAGGCAAUCCAGGUUUGUGUGGAUAUGUUACAGGACUGAAACUUUGUGCUAGUCAAAUUCCGAAGAAAAAAAACCAACCAUUUCAUCAUACGCUCAUCCUUGUGAUUAUACUCCCCCUUAUAGGAGUAGUUUUACUUGGUUUAUUCAUGUAUGGCCUCGUUGCUUAUCGACAACAAAAGAAUAAACCUCCACAGAAACCAUUGGAAGAAGAAAAUGUUGAUUAUUUCUCCAUUACAAGUUUUGAUGGAAGAGUAGUGUAUGAUGAAAUCUUGAAGGCAACAAAUGAUUUCAAUGAAGCAUAUUGUAUUGGGACCGGAGGAUAUGGUAUUGUUUACAAAGCCGAGCUACAACCUAAUAAUGUGGUAGCUGUCAAGAAGCUUCACUCAUCUUAUGAGAAUGUUGAUCGUAAUGGAUUUCUUAAUGAGGUACGUGCAUUAACGAACAUAAGGCAUCGAAACAUAGUGAAACUCUAUGGAUAUUGCUCACAUGCCCGCCACUCAUUUUUGAUUUAUGAAUACCUUGAAAAGGGAAGCCUUGGAUCAAUCUUAAGAAGCGAUGUCUUAGCAAAAGAUUUGAGUUGGUUGAAAAGAGUUAGUAUUGUGAAGGCUGUUGCUAAUGGGUUGGCUUAUAUGCAUCACGACUGCUCACCUCCUAUAAUUCAUAGAGACAUAUCCAUAGCCAACAUCCUUCUUGAUUCUGAUUAUGAGGCCCAUAUUUCUGAUUUUGGCACGUCCAAGCUUUUAAAGCUUGACUCAUCUAACUGGACCGAAAUUGCAGGCACCUAUGGUUAUAUCGCGCCAGAACUUGCUUAUACCAUGGUGGGAAAUGAGAAAUGCGAUGUGUAUAGCUUUGGAGUUGUUGCACUAGAAGUGAUCAUGGGAAAGCAUCCUGGAGAACUGAUAACAUCUUUACCUAUAUUGUCUGCUGAUUAUCCGGUGCCAGCAAAUGUGGGAGAUAGUCGGAUACCUCCUCCCUCAUCACAAGUUGAGAAACAAAUUAAGUUGGUUUUGAGCCUCUCAAGAGCAUGUUUGAGCUCCAACCCACAUGAAAGGCCAACAAUGCGUCAAGUAUCAAAUCUGUUAAUGAAGGAUCUGCUUUGAAUUGACAUCUGUGGCCUGAUCGAUAUAGUGUACUUUCAAUGUUGUUUAAAUCAUCCAAAACAAGUUGAUUUUCAGUAAAGCUAACCAAAUUGAUUUUGUCUGA